GUAGGUAUAUUAAACAGAUUCCUCUCGAAUUAUUGGUUACUGGUCUUCAGCAGGAUAUCGUACGCCAUAUAUCUCACGCAAUUCGCUGUAUUUUUCUACAACGUUGGGACCACCAGAUACUCUAGCGAAUUUCAGCUGCACACAAGCGUGAGUGCGCUGGAAGCGGCGACAGUCGUGAUCGUCUCCACGAUCUUAACUUUGUUCUUCGAUCUCCCGAUGCAAGACAUCAGAAACGUGCUGAUGGAAAGCACGGACCUAAACGCGGUGAAAACACCGGUCGUCGAAUCUCCAGCUACGGAAACCUCGAAGACGCCAGAAGCCACCAAGUCGGAACAACCGCAUGAGAAGAAGAUCUUCGAAGAAGACGAGGUAACCUCGACGGGCUGGGACUGGCAAAGAGAUAUAGUAGACGGCGGCGCGAAAUACUACGACGAGAGUGUGGAGGACGAGGAACGCGUGGACAUGCCGAUUUUAAAGAAAUCGAGCGGAAGAAGGCGAUCGUUGAUCAGUCGAGAGCCAUCCGAAACUGACGCCCCGCCGUCUCGGUUGAAAAACGCCAGCAAGAGAUUCUCAAAUGGCAGUGACGAUUACAGAGAUCGCGGGAGAAGAAGCAGAAGCAGGGAUUAUCGGGAGAACGAGGCACUGAGAGCGCAACAGGAGCGAGAAGAAUCCGCGAGACGAAGCAGACGCUCCCUGUCGCGAAGCCUCGACGCUAAAAGAUUCUCAACGCGAGACAGCGAGGACGACGAGGAGGAGGAAGAAGAGGCGAGGGACUACUCGAGAACCAAAUACGAGAAAGAAGAAGAUAAUCUGAGAUACAGGCGAUCGCAGUCCAGAGGUAGAUCCGUGAUCAGAGAGCCAGACGACUAUCGUUCGCGGGACCAGGCUAAGGACCCGAGAAGACUCUCAAGAAAAUCCGAAGAACGCGAGCCGGUGCAGAGACAGGCAAGAGACUCGAGGAUCUUCUCCUCGGAGAGCGACGAGGAACAACAGAGGAAAGUCGAGAGACGACAGGCGGAGGCGAGCGUCAGCGACGAGGAGGAUUGGGAAAGCGAGUUGAGAAUACGUCGAAAACAAUUCAUAGAGAAACUGGCGACGAGAGAUCCCUCGUCCGAGCAAGGGAGCCUGACUUCUUUGCGCAGAUCGUCCGCCGAGGGGAAGCUGGCGUUGCUGAAGGAUCCAACAGCUGACGACAACAUGGAUUCGUGGACGGUGAGCGUGGGCUCGCGCGUGCUAGCUCAAUUAGGCUCUUCUCAGGAACGUAGCGAGCCCGAGGACGAGUACAGCAGGCAGAGACGAGAGUAUCGCGAACAGGCUCCACCUCCCAGAGAGGACGCCCAGAGCGAGGAAGAGGUGAUUUGGGAUGCAUCGAGAAGGAGAUCCUACACUAGCAGCAGUCAGAUGACUUCUCUCGAGGAAGACGACGACAUCGAGAGUUACAACUUUGUUCUGACAAAAGACAGCAAGAGGAUAUCUCUGCAGGAUCUUUCCAGACUGUCUCAGGAGGAUUCCGAUCUGGCGGAGUCUGGCUGGAACGUGAUAAGGAGUGAAGGUGAGAACGUACCUAGGUCAUCGUCAGGUUUGUACAAGAGAGAGUCGAUUGUUAAGAGCCAGGCUAGCGAAGAGGAUCCGGAGUACCUUCUCCCCGAGAGGCCAAAACUGGUGCAACAGGAGAGGGAACACCCGUUCAAGAAGGCGUGGCAGAUGCAGAAGUCCAGGUCCGAGGAAGACGCAUACGUCAUCAAAGAAUCGAAAGAGUCGAAAGAGCAAGCCAAGACGGAGACUAAAUCGAAAGACGAUGGGAAAACCAAGGAAAGUAAAGACGGAGGGGAACAGUACGACGACACUGGCGAGUUUGCCGAUGAUGAGUCAGAAUCGGCUAUGUUGACACGUAGCAGGAGCAGCGACACCGACGAGAACACGAGGAUGAGCUCGAAGUCUGAAGAGAUCGAGUCGAUCUCGACUGACAACGAGAGGAGCAAGAGCUCCAAGAAAGACAGCGUCAGAUCGUCGGACGUGGAGGAGGAUUCUUCGAGAUCCAAUUGGCCAUCGGAAGAGGAACAAGUUUACAGAACAGGUGUUAGGAGCAAGUCGGAGGAGACAGAGUGGAAUUGGGAGAGGGAAGAGACUUGAUGAAAGCGAUUCAGAUUAGAAAAAUGACAAUAAAUGUAAUUUAACGAGGUAAAUUAUUCUGCUUGGAUCUGGCCAGGGGGAAGAGAAAAGCAAAGUCUCGAAUUUUAGGUAGGUCUGUGAUGAUUUGGAAGAAGAAAUGGAUUCUAGAGUCGAUGACAAACGUUUGACGAAAAUUGAAUAAAAUACGUACGAUUUUCUAAAUGACAGAUCACUGCUUUCUGAUGGUUUCAAGCUCAAGAUCAUUUAUUCGAUUAAAAAAAAAAAAAAAAGUGUUAACAUUAUAGUGACUGAUAAUUAGGCAAAGUUUUGUGAAAUCACAUGUGUCAUCGGUCAUUGGAAUGUGAAAGACAAGACCAAAUUAUGAAACAAUUUUCUAUAGAAUGUAACAAAUAAAUUGUUCGUUACAUAUAAUACAUACGUACAUAUAUAAGAUAGCAUCGUGAAUGAACGAAAUACUGGGAAAUUGAAUUGAUAGGGUUCCUUUGAAACUUGCUUAUUGUACAGAAUGCGAAAAAUAUUGAUAAUAAAUUAAAAAUUGCAAACUUA